AUGCUUCCUCUUUCCAACCACAUCGAAACAAAACAUGAUUUUUAGUUCCAAAUAUUGUUAAUUUCUGAUAUUUUACGAAUUUUAUUAUAUAAUACUUUUACAAUUCAAAAAUAUGGCGGAUGAAGAAUUUGAUGGAGAUGGUUUUGAUGAUGGACCCGAUGAUCUGGAUGAUGAUAAUGAAUCAUUGGGAGAAAUGGGUGAAGGUCAGGAGGGAGGAGAAAAUAUUGAAGUGUUGACUGGGGAGGCAUCACAACGACCUCCAGGUCAAGUAGAACCUAGUAAACGUAUUACUACGCGCUAUAUGACUAAAUAUGAACGUGCUCGAGUAUUGGGAACUAGAGCGUUACAGAUUGCUAUGUGUGCUCCGGUCAUGGUGGAGUUGGAAGGUGAAACAGAUCCCCUACAAAUUGCUAUGAAAGAAAUGAAAGCAAGGAAAAUUCCGUUCAUAAUUAGACGUUAUCUUCCAGAUGGAAGUUUUGAGGAUUGGGCUCUUGAUGAAUUGAUCAUUUAUGGACAUUGAUUUUUGUAGUUUCAUCUGUGAAUAGGUCUAAUUCUCAUUCUAACAUGUAGCAUGAACUCAAAUUAAUCUUAUAGUAUUAUUUCACAGGAUGUACAUUAAUGUUAAAAAAUAUGCAGAUAUUAAGGAAGAAAACCUUGAAUUGAUGAGAAUUUAAAGUAAUAUUGAUUUCAAAGUCUCAGCCCCUGAAGGACUUUUAUAUAUGGAGUUGUAUUAUUUAGCUUUGUACGGGGUAUAUUGUGUGCUGUACAUCUGUAAUGACCGUUUUGAUAACUAGAAAUUACAUUUCAAGGAGAGUUUGUAAUAACAUUAAUGGCUUGACUUUACACAUUUUCUCAAGUUAUCAAUAUCAUUUUCAUUGUUCAUUUCAAUAUUUGGUGUUCUCCAGAUAUUAUUAAAUUUGAUGUACUUCUUGAAAA